AUGAGAAACCAUUCAACAUUAACAACCUUCAUAAUACUGGGACUGACAAAUGACCCACAACUGGAGAUUCUAGUCUUUUUCUUCAUGCUUACUACAUAUAUGUUAAGUGUAAUUGGGAAUCUGACCAUAAUUUUCCUUGUCUUGGUGGAUUCUCAUUUAAAAACAGCUAUGUAUUUUUUUCUUCAAAAUUUUUCUUUCUUAGAAAUCUCACUCACAACUUCCUGUGUCCCUGCAUACCUGUACAUCAUAUCAAGUGGGAACCAAAUCAUUACCAUCAAAGCCUGCUUCAGCCAAGUAUUUUUCGUUAUCUUCUUUGGAGCUACAGAAUAUUAUCUGUUGGCUGUGAUGUCCUAUGACCGCUAUGUGGCCAUCUGCAAACCCCUGCAUUACGUGACCAUCAUGAACAGCAGAGUCUGCAGGAACCUCAUCCUCAGUUGUUGGGUAUCUGGUUUAUUGAUUAUCCUCCCAUCCCUUUGUUUAAGCCUUAAUCUGGAAUUCUGUGACUCUGUUAUUGACCAUUUUUUCUGUGAUGCUUCUCCAAUACUGAAGAAUUCAUGCUCAGAUACAUGGUUCAUAGAGCAGCUGGUUCUAUUCUGUGCUGUGUUGACCUUCAUAAUGACUCUUGUAUGUGUAGUUCUGUCCUACAUAUACAUCAUUAGGACGAUUCUAAGAUUACCCUCUACCCAGCAAAGAAAAAAGGCCUUCUCUGUUUGUUCAUCCCACACAAUUGUGGUUUCUUUUGCCUAUGGCAGCUGCAUUUUCGUAUAUAUCAAACCUUUAGCCAAGCAAGAAGUGGCCGUUAAUAAGGCAGUUUCUCUGCUUACUAUAUCUGUUGCCCCUCUGUUCAAUCCCUUCAUUUAUACCCUAAGAAAUAAGCAAGUAAAACAGUCUUUCCAUGACACUCUCAAAAGAUUUGUAUUCUAUUCAAAGAAGUAG